AUGUCAAACGUAAAAACCAUAGUCGUCACAGGCGCCAACCGUGGCAUCGGCCGCGCCAUCUGCGAGCUCCUAAUCUCCGAUUCAAGUCUCAAAUCCGCCACGCUGUACGCAGGAUCUCGCCGUGGUGAAGACUUAGGCCUUUCCGCGAGUGAAGGUCAGAAGAUUCACUAUCCACAACUCGACAUCACCAGCAGCGACAGCAUCUCGCAACUCGCCAAGACCAUCCAACAAGCGGGUAACCCCAUUGACAUCGUCAUCAACAAUGCUGGCGUGAACCUCGAUGAUCAAUUUUCCUUCGAGAAUGCUAAGAAAACGAUGGACACGAAUUACAGAGGUACACUUGCUGUCUGUCGUGCAUUCCUGCCUCUUAUGCGCAAGGAUACUGGUCGCAUUGUCAAUCUGUCUUCUGUGGGGUCAAGUCUUGGACCUUUCGGAUCAGAACUCCAACAUCGCUUCCGCACGAUGAAGAGUCUCGACGAGCUGGAAUCACUUGCACAAGAAUACGAGAACGUCGUACAGUCCGGCAAGGAGUCUCAGCUCGGCUAUCCAUCACGACGAUCGUACAGUGUUUCCAAGGCAUGCAUCAAUGCGUUCACGCGAAUCUUGGCGAACGAGAAUUCUGGUUUGGCAAUAAAUUGCUGCUGUCCAGGUUGGGUCGAUACGGAUAUGGGCCAUCAGGUUGGCCAGCCGCCGAAGACACCUCAAGAAGGUGCACGUAUUCCUGUUCGUCUUGCUGUUGGGGAUCUAGAAGGCAACAACGGUUGUUACUGGGCAAAUGAUAGCAUUAGCUCAAGGGCUAAUGGGCAUGUCAAGGCGUGGUAA